CAAGCUGCUCCCGACAAUCCCCUGAAUCGCCCUAAACACGGUACAGCCAAAUAGUUUCCGUCGUAAUGCCUUUUACCUCGUCGGGGUGCCGAUUCCUUUCCCUCUCCCGCUACUUUCUCCCACUCCUCGGCCUCUUGUCGCCGGAGAACGGAGAGAGCCCUCCUCACCGAUUUGCCCCUUAAGGGCGUCGACCGGUUCUUCGGUGAAAGGGUCGAGGGGCGGGGCGCCUGUUGUAUGUAUAUAAUUUCCGGAGCAAUUGUUUUGAAACUGGUUGUAAUUUAGUGGAAGCUGUAGUAGUUGGCAAGAGCAUUGCCUGAUUGACAGUUUGAUUAUAGAUUUAGGUUAGCAAUGGCUGUGGGAGGGUCGUUGCAGCUCACAUACGAUCUUGGUGUCAUCAAUAGUCGUGUAUGGGCUAAACCGUCCAGGAUCUCAGAGAUAAAGAGAUCGCAUCAUUUGCAGGGAUGUUCCCUAUCUUCAUGCUUUUCGCGACGGGAUGUUUGGGGUCUUCAUGUUUCAGGCAGCAUAUACAUGAGAAAGUACCAUGUACCAUAUAGAUACAAUUGCUGCAUUGUUCGAUCUAUUUUCAUUCCAACUUCCUCGCCGGAUAUCCCUCUUCUGAAAUCAACUACCUUUGCUUUGACUAGGUCAUAUAAAGCCCUUCUUAAAAGUCCUCUUCUGCUCAGAUUAGCUCCAGCAGUUGGAAUCAUUGUGUUUGCUGUAUGGGGACUUGGGCCAGCCAUGCGUUAUGGAAGGACUCUCUUUCGUAAUGACAAUAAUUGGAAAAAGAGCAGAACACGUUUCGUCCUUACUUCAUAUCUUCAGCCAAUUCUUUUGUGGACUGGAGCGACACUUUUCUGCAGGACAUUGGAUCCUAUAGUUUUGUCAUCAGAAACGAGCCAAGCUGUGAAGCAACGGCUAUUGAGCUUUGUAAAAUCUUUAUCUACUGUGCUGGCUUUUGCAUAUUGUCUUUCAAGCUUAAUUCAGCAGACGCAGAAGCUUUUUAUGGAGAAGAGUAGCCCUGAUGAUACAAGAAAUAUGGGUUUCCAGUUUGCGGGAAGAGCUGUAUAUACUGCUGUAUGGAUUGCUGCUGUUUCUUUGUUCAUGGAGUUACUGGGUUUCUCAACCCAGAAAUGGCUCACUGCUGGAGGUCUUGGAACAGUGCUGCUAACACUGGCUGGACGUGAGAUAUUUACAAACUUUCUGUCUAGUAUUAUGAUUCACGCUACUCGUCCAUUUAUCGUAAAUGAAUGGAUCCAAACUAAGAUCGAAGGGUAUGAAGUCUCUGGAACCGUCGAGCAUGUGGGUUGGUGGUCUCCAACUGUUAUUAGAGGUGAAGAUCGUGAAGCGGUUCAUAUUCCUAACCACAAAUUUACAGUUAACGUUGUGAGAAAUCUUAGUCAGAAGACUCAUUGGCGUAUAAAAACUCAUCUUGCAAUCAGCCAUUUGGAUGUUAAUAAAAUUGGUAACAUUGUAGCCGACAUGCGAAAGGUGCUGGCAAAAAAUCCUCAAAUAGAGCAGCAGAGAUUGCACAGAAGAGUAUUUUUGGAUAAUAUUAAUCCAGAAAAUCAGGCUCUCUUGAUUCUUGUCUCAUGCUUUGUUAAGACUUCACAUUUUGAGGAGUAUCUGUGUGUCAAGGAAGCUAUCUUCUUGGAUCUCCUUCGAGUAAUCAGCCAUCACCGAGCCCGACUGGCAACUCCAAUUCGCACCGUCCAGAAGAUAUACGGCGAUGCCGGUAUUGAAAACGUCCCCUUCUCCGAUACCAUAUUCACUCGUGCCGAAACUACCAAUCGUUCACUGCUUCUGAUCGAACCUUCUUCAAGAAUCAACAGCGACGAAAAGGCGAAACUCCGUGCUUCUGCGCGAACAUCCGAUGCACAACAAGGAGCAAAACCAUCCACAACAUCCGAGCCGAAGGUGACCUCAGCUUCGGAAACCCUCCCUGAGAAGAAUCAGCAGAAGAAGGUUAGUUCUGUAGAAGCUCAGCCGAAGAGCAUGAAGCCGGACUCGUCAAAAUCAACGACGACGACGAUGACAACAACAACGACGCCGCAUUCCGGGGCAGCUCCUCAAGUUAAAUCAAGCGUGGAGAAGCCUGCGGUUGUAUUGGAAUCCCUUAAUGAGCAGGUGGACAGCAUGACUGCUGUUGUUCCUAAGAGCGAAGGGGACCGGCCAUCUAAUGCAGUCGUUUCGGUGCGGCCUUCGUUUGAAGAUAAUAUCGUGCUUGGCGUGGCUCUUGAGGGCUCGAAGAGAACACUUCCGAUCGAGGAGGUGGAAGCAAAGGAAGUAGGGGCUGCGGUCGGUGGGAAUGGAGCUCCUGCUGCUUCCACUGGGAAGGAUAGGAAGAAUGAUGUUCCUAACAAGUAGAGGUAACUAGUAUGAUUCAUGUUUGUCUGUGUUUCUGAGAAUUAUUGGAUGAAAUUGGGUGUAUAGAGAAAUUAUGUUUAAAAUAUUUGUGUAUAAUCUUCAGGUAUAGAGAAAUUUAAUUCUUAUUAUACGAGCCUUAGCUACCA